GGGAGAAGAGGCCAGGACCAGCGGGGGACUACGACUUGGGGGGAGAACGGAAGAAGAGAAAGUGGUCCCCCCCUCCCCCGUGGAGGAUGCUGGGAAUCUCCCCCCUCCCGCCUCAUGACCUUUGACCCCCCUGCUCCCCAGGAGCCAUGGCAGAGUUGCACGUCAUCGGCCAGAUUUUGGGGGCCAGUGGUUUCCCCCAGACGAGCCUCUUCUGCAAGUGGGGGGUCCACACAGGUGGGGCAUGGAAGUUGCUGUCCGGUGUGCGGGAAGGGCAGACGCAGGUGGACAGCCCCCAGAUUGGCGACAUGGCCUACUGGUCCCACCCCAUCGAUCUGCACUUUGCCACCAAGGGCCUUCAGGGCUGGCCCAAGCUCCAUCUCCAAGUGUGGUCCCAGGACGGAUUCGGCCGCUGCCAACUCGCGGGCUACGGCUUCUGUCACGUACCCACCAGCCCGGGCUCCCACCGGUUGGAGUGCGUCACGUGGCGGCCCCUCGGCAGCUGGCAAGAGCGCCUGGCGGGGGCCUUCGUGGGCGGCGGGCCCCAGCUCCUCCACAGCGACGUGGUCUACAGCGGGGCCGACCGCUACCGCCUGCACACGGCCGCCGCCGGCACCGUGGUGCUCCACCUCACCGUGCUGCCCCGGCACUUUGCCCGCUACGGGGUUGAGUGCUGAUUGGCAGUGGAGACCCCGGGGUGGUACCCGCCGGGCGGGGAGGCCCGGCUGGUAGUGGCUGGACGGACAGGGUUGGUGGCCGGGGCCCAGUCCUCCCUCCUCUCCCGCUCCGUCCGGCCCCAGGCCCCUCACCCGUCACGACCCCACCCCGCGCUCCAUGUUUUGUAAACUGAUUUUGAUGCGAAUAAAGCAGCCCGAUUUCCAGCUCCA